AUGGCAUCUCCUCGCUAUGUUCGAAAAUGUCUCGGAGACACGUCACGAAGCCUGCUUUCAGCAAGUCGGUUGACAUGUUGGGACUGUCAACAACCCCUCAGAUCUCGCGUCGACCAAAGACGAAAGAUUAGCAGCUAUGGCUACACGCAAGCUAAAGCCCUGGUGUACUCUAAAUACGGGGAGCCACAAGAUGUCCUCUCACUACAUGGUCACUCCAUAUCACCCGCAUCUGGGACCAACGUGGCUCUCCGCAUGCUCGUGGCUCCCAUCAACCCUGCCGACGUCAACCAGAUUCAGGGUGUCUAUCCCGCGAAACCAGAGAUGACAACAGCUCUCGGUACCUCAGAACCCUCCGCGGUAGCUGGAAAUGAAGGUGCGGCGGAGGUUAUCAGCGUCGGUUCUGGAGUAAAGAGCCUGAGUAAAGGAGAUUGGGUCAUCAUGAAGAGUACAGGGAUGGGUACCUGGCGGACACACAUGGCCAUAGACGAGAGCAAACUAAUCAAAAUUGACAACAAGGAGGGAUUGACCCCUCUUCAAGUCGGGACAGUGUCAGUCAAUCCCUGCACAGCCUACCGCAUGCUUCUCGACUCGGCAAAGUGGAGCUUCCGGGGAGACGAAUGGUUCAUCCAAAACGGAGCCAACAGCGGCGUGGGACGAGCUGCCAUACAACUUGGACACGAGUGGGGAUUCAAGAGUAUCAAUGUGAUCCGAGGCCGGGAGAACAAGGAGGAGGAGCAGAAACUCCGCCAAGAACUUCUUGAUAUUGGCGCCACCAAAGUCAUUACUGAAGAAGAGCUACAAGGUCGCGAGAUCAGAGACCAGAUCAAAGAGUGGACAAAUGGCGGACGAGAACAAAUCAAAGUUGGACUCAAUUGCGUGGGCGGGAAACCCGCCACUGCAUUGGCAAAAUUCCUCAGCCCCGGAGCAACCAUGGUGACGUACGGAGCAAUGAGCAAGCAGCCUGUCAUAUUACCCGCCUCACUCCUGAUCUUUAAGGAGAUAACCUUCAACGGAUUCUGGGUGAGCAAGUGGAGUGAUCGACACCCUGACCAAAAGAAACAGACGGUAGACGACGUCCUUCGGCUCACCAGAGAAGGGCGAUUCAAGGAUAUACCAGUGCAAGAAUGCAAAUGGGGAUGGAAGACGGAUAUCGAUAUCCUGAAGCAAGCUGUGCAGGGGACUCUUGGGGGAUUCCGAGCUGGCAAGGGCGUCUUUGUCUUUGAGGAGACGUGA